UUCGAUCAGGAAUUAUCAGCGUCCAAAGUAGUUAUCCAAAAUGCCGAAAAAAGCGCCGAAAAACGCAUUUUUCUACUUCAUGCUGGAAUAUAAGAAAAAUGAAGAUGCUCGUGGAAGGGGAAUCAGCCUCGCACAAGCGUCAGUAAAAGCCGGAGAGAAGUGGGUGAAAAUGAAUGCCCAACAGCGUGCUCCGUUCGAGGACAAAGCGAAGAAAAAUCGCGACUUCGGGGAAAGGCUCACCGCACAGGGGAUACCGUACUCCCAGGUCGAGGCACAGAAGCGUGAGCGAGAGACUAAAGUCCUUGGCCAUCACCAGCGACUCACGGAAUUGCUGCAGCAGGCAACGAAAAAAAACGCCCUGGAAAAGCAAGAUUUCUUCUUCAUAUCGUUCGCAUACUUUUGUGAGGACAGUGAGGGAAACUACAUACCGGCCGAGAUGGCCGUGGUCCGCUUUAACCUAGAACAAGCUGUCCAUGACAAACUGCACGUUAGGAUUGAUCCACAAAGGUUGCCUCUCGGGAUGGCGUACCUAGCGACGAAGCAUGCGGAAGAGGACCAUAAGCUGCCCGUGCCACCGAAUGCGAAGGGGGAGACGGAUUUGAAUAUGAUCACAAGUCAGCUCCUAUCGUUCCUCGGCCAAGACAGUGGCGAGCUGCCUAUGCUGUUCACCGACCGGGACGAUGUGGCCAAGGUGGAAAGCAUGUUGGAGUGGCUGUUCCAAGGCACGGACGAGUACAACUUGGCCGUAUGCUCACUGGCGGAAAUGUUCUUUCAGCUGAAGUGCAGCACCGAAAGUUUCGGGAUGGAUGUGAAAAUGUUUGGCUCGGUGCACCGUGCCCAGCAGCUCAUUACCAGGGACAUCUACGACUACACAACAGGCAUUGCCUGCGAUGACCACGAGGCAAUGGACAACGUGAAGAAUUGUCCUCUGUCGCGGUGUAUUCGCUGGGCAUAUGUGAUCGCGGACAACUGCUGCCUCGAUCUGAGUAUCGAUCUGCAGCCCGGCCGACACGUACCAUUGAACGCAAACACUUCGUCGCAGCUUCUGAGCGGAACAAGCACGGACGGGAAUACUAUGGGCUCGUCCAACGGCGAAGCUAGGACUUCGUACGUGUCCGAUUCGUACGUUUCGCGUAUGACGUAUCCUUCGGAGGUGCAGUCUCGUGCCAGUUCGUCCAGGCACACGUGGAAAUGUAGCAACGAUAGCAAAGUGGACUUGAAGGGAAGUUUCAAGCAGGAACCGAACUGGGGUGAUUUAUCAACGAGUCGGUUGCCUCCGAUAAAAGAUCCAGAGCAUGGAAACACUCACGAACUUGGCGGUCGAUCGCAUCCAGAAGACGAUACGUGGUCGGUUGUUUCGAAAGCAUCGUCUCGCGGUCGCGGCCGUGGUAUUAUGUUGUCGGAUUAUCUCUCCCUGGGAGGAGCCGGACGUGGAAAAAUUCCCAAAUAAUCGAUCCAAUGUUAGAAGAUGGUUAGAAAUUCAAUUUAAACUUCAUUUUAUAACAAAACUAAGUAGAAAAGAAGUGAAAGAGUGAACUCUGUUUUCAAAAAAUAAACGACAACAUAAACAUUUUGAUCUCCUUUAUUGCAGUGGAAGCAGGGCGAGUGCUAGAACGCGAGUCGGAAAGAGGAGCUAACUUGCAAGUUUAAUUAUAGUUUAUUAAUUUCAUUAUUCUCAUCUCAUAAUCCCAGGCUGUUCUGUUUAUAGUUCAUAGUUACACAAUGUACAUAAUGUUGGAAAAAGGGAGUAAAACAUUGGGAUGCCGUGCGAAAAGAGUAACGUAGUAACACGAGUAUAUAAGAACAACGUAACCUCGUUUUUACAUUCAAAUUUCUACCCUUCUAACGACUACGGUGACGGUGGCCAGGCCGGGCUAUAGAGGUUGAAACAGCAUAUAUGUACAUACGCAAUCCCUGUGUUGACCAGAUGCACUGCGUUCAGGUCAAACGUUUCUGCGUGAACGGAACGAUAGUACUGCGCACUACUGUUACACGUUUACAAAACAUUGUCCAGCCAGCCAGGUUUUACACUGUUUUUGGCAUCCACUGUACUACGCUUGAACAAAAUCCACCGGUUUGUAUUGACCCACACUGAUGGGUUUUAGUUCUCUUUAAUGCGUUCACCUGUGUAGUCUCGUACGCUAUAGACUCUAACUACAACCGCAGUUCGGUAGUUAAAAGAACA